GACUUCUCGCUGGGAGGCCGUGCCGGUUUGACGUGUCAAGUUGGCUCCUCCCCAGAGGGAUAAAUAUAACGGCCUCUCGAGCUGCAGAUGCUGUUAAAUUUCUAAACGAGUAGCUGGCCGAUUAGAUUCCGACGUCGCCAUCCCACAGGCAUCGUUGGAGUAAUUAUGGCCUCAGAAUCAAGACAUGAACAAGGUCGGAUAAGGUGUAGGAAUUAUGCUCGUGGGAAUUGCAGAUGGGGAGCAAAUUGCCAAUUCUCACAUGAGAAUGUGUCAUUGUCGGCCCAGAUCUGUAGAAAUUUCCAGCGAGGCUACUGCUUCUAUGGAGACCGGUGCAGAUUCUCUCACAUCCAUACCGGAGUCGGAGGUGUCUCUGGGCCAAGGCGAGGUUCAGAACCUUCAAUACAGUCCAUUGGUGGGAGAUUUCCAACAGAUCGCCGGGGUUCAGAGCCAGUACUUGUACCAGGAAUUACAUCAGGGAGGUUUCGUCGUGGUUCUGAGCCCAUAGCUCCUCAGCUGAUGCCACUGAACAUUGGAAUCCAGGAAGAUGUUGAGGAAGAUAAAGAAAGUCCUCCAAAAGAUGCCCCAUCUAACUGGGCAAUGGCAUCAGAGUUUAUUCCUAGACUGCUUCCACAACAGCAGGGAUCCCAGGAUGUAGGUGCAGAAGCUUUGCAGAUAUGUUCAGAGUCAGUCAUUGGAAAAGUGCCUUCAUCCUCUGCAUGUGAAACUAGCUGCUCCGAGUCCAGUGCCACACAGCCAUCAUCUCUACCGCCAUGCAAGGUUGUUUCGGACCUAAGUUUGCCCAGCUCUUCUAUAGAUGGAAGCAAAGAGGUUGUCUGUGGAAUAUGUAUGGACAAAGUGCAUGAGAAGCCCAUUCCCGAAGAGCGUUGUUUUGGAAUUCUUCCAAACUGUAACCAUCCUUAUUGUUUGGGCUGCAUUCGUAAGUGGAGGAACAGCAAGGACUUUAAAAACGAGAUCAUCAAGUCUUGUCCGGAAUGUCGUGUUAAAUCAAGCUACUAUAUCCCAAAUAAACAGUGGGUUUCUGAAGAGAAUGAGAAGCUGCAGUUGAUUCAAAACUUCAAAGAAAAGACUAGCAAGAUCCGAUGCAAGUUUUAUGUUCGGUCCAAUGGACACUGCCCGUUUAAAUCUGAGUGCAUCUACCUACACGAAUUCCCACCAGGUUAUCGUCCUAGCCGCAGACAGGAGAGGAGAAGACGCAGGCAUCCCAGACGUAGCCCUAUAUUAUUGUUUGAUGAUGACACUGAUGAGGUGAACUUGCUUCAGUAUGCUAUAGCUCUUGCCAUCCUGGAUGACGACGAAGAGGACGAUUUCCUGGAUUACUACUACAACCAAGCCUUUGAUUUGUUUUGGGCCACCAGUGACUCUGAUUUUUCAGACUGAAGCCCAUCUACCGGAUCAUGAAAGCAUUCUUCAGUGGGAAGUUCCUGCUAGCUCUUGCUGGGGUCUGCAAGUUGAAUCCUAGUAGGACUAGUGAGCAAGAGACCUUUUCCUGCUCCUGGCCAAAACUUGAGACUGAACAUUGCUAUGGACCACAAGUCCUUUGCUCACAAUUUUUUCACAAAUGUAGAACUGCCUAAUAACCCUUGAGCAAUAAAUUUCAGUUCACACAGAUCAUAAAUUAUUUUAUCUAAUGCAACUGUAUGGGUUUAAAAAGCUCACUUUUUUAUUUAAUGACUGUAACACAGUAAACAUUCUGUUUUGGGUGGAGGUAUUCUAGGGAUGUGUAUUCACAAGCUGUCUCAGGGCCUCCCAGGUGCCGUAACGUCUCUCACUGGACCUAACAUCAUUGACAGUGUCACGGGGUUGAAAUGUUUCAGUUGCUCAAACGUUUGCUACCUGAGUGAAGAGGAACUUGACAUGGCAGUGCUACAUUAUACAGCAGGCAUUACAGAAUAGAUAGGAUCCGUGUGUUUUUUCCUUCUGAUGCAGUGCUGUUAUGUGUAGCAGGCUAUAAAAGAUGAAAUGAGUUGUAGUUUGUUGUGCACUGGUCAAUAAAGUCCUUCACCAACACUG